AUGCUCCUCAAGACCCUCUUCGCUGUCGCUGCCCUGCUCGCCGCCCCCGCGGCUGCCGACCUCAACGUCUGGCCCGCGCCCGCGUCCUCCACGACGGGCAACAGCACCGUGUGCCUCGACCGCGGGUUCAAGAUCUCGGUGGCGGGGGGCAAGGCGCCCGCCGACCUCGUGUCGGCCAUCGCGCGCACGCAGGCCAACCUCCAGCGCUCGCAGCACCAGUUCCUCUCGCCCACCCACGGCGCAGAGUUCUUCCCCAACGGCCAGGGCUGCAAGUCGUACGUCAAGGAGCUGGUGCUCAACUACGCCAAGGGCGCGGUCCAGGACCCGAUCGCGUCCCCAGUCGACAAGCGUAUCGCCAACGAGGCGUACACUCUCGACGUGUCCGCCGCGGGCGUCGCGAGCGCCACCGGCGCCAGCUCGCUCGGCCUCCUCCGCGCCCUCACCACCUUCGAGAACCUCUGGUUCAAGCUCAACAAGGGCGCAAAGGUCGCCCGCCGCGACUACCGCCAGGCGCGCGAUGGUGAGGUCGCCGACGCUGCCAACUGGGGCGGCGGCGGCAGCGGAGGCGGAGCCAACCCCACGUUCGCGCCGUACGCGCCCUACCACAUCGAUGACAAGCCCGCUUUCCCCUGGCGCGCGGUCCUGAUUGAUACGUCGCGCCACUUCUUCUCGGUCGAGACGAUCAAGCGCCAGCUCGACAUCAUGAGCCUUGUCAAGCUCAACGUCCUCCACUGGCACAUUGUCGACUCGCAGUCGUGGCCCCUGGCCCUGUCCGCCUUCCCCAACCUCGCCGCCAAGGGCGCCUACUCGCCCGCCGAGGUCUACUCCGAGGCCCAGGUCAAGGACAUUAUCCAGUAUGCUGGCGAGCGCGGCAUCGACGUCGUCAUCGAGAUCGACACCCCGGGCCACACGUCCAUCAUCUACGACUCGUACCCCGACUACAUUGCCUGCUUUGAGAAGCGCCCGUGGACGACGUACGCCAACGAGCCGCCUGCCGGCCAGCUCCGCUUCGCCGACCAGAAGGUGACUGGCUUUGUGUCGUCGCUGUUCAAGUCGGUCGCGGGUCUGACCAAGAGCGCGUACUUUGGCACCGGCGGCGACGAGCUCAACGUCAAGUGCUAUGACGAGGACGCCCCCACCCAGGCCAUCCUCAAGGCCAACUCUUGGACGAUCGAGAACGCCCUCAAGAACUUUACCGUCCAGACGCACAACACGCUCCGCAGCGUCGGCCGCACCCCCGUCGUGUGGGAGGAGAUGGCCAUCUCGCACGGCGACACCGGCCUCGACCCCGCCACCGUCGUCCAGGUCUGGAUCAGCAGCGCCAGCGUCAAGCAGGUGGCUGACAAGGGCCUCCGCCUCGUGCACGCGUCCAACGACUACUUCUACCUCGACUGUGGCCAGGGCGGCUGGGUCACCGCCGACGGCGGCCUCAACUCGUGGUGCGACCCGUACAAGACCUGGGCGCACAUCUACUCGUUUGACCCUUACAACGGCACCACGCCGGCGCAGCACGCGCAGGUCCUCGGCGGCCAGGCAUCUGUCUGGGCCGAGCAGACCGACGAGUCCAACAUCGACUCGCAGAUCUGGCCCCGCGCUGCGGCCUUUGCCGAGGUCUUCUGGACCGGCGGCGGCGCCAAGGGCUUCCCGCUGAGCGCAGUCAGCGCCACGGGCCGCCUCCACGACAUCCGCUACCGUAUCGUCGACAAGGGGGUGCGCGCGAUCCCCAUCCAGCCCGAGUGGUGCGCCCUUCGUCCCGGUCUCUGCAACCUUGCCGGUUAAGCAGGCACGACCCCGUUGCAGCCCCAGUCCCAGUCCAGUCCGUU